UCUUAAUGUUUCGCAUUCAAAUCGAUAUUCUUGACUAUUUUAUAAAUGUAAUAUUAACUUAAUGCAAUGCAAAUUUAAUGUAAGAAUUCGUUUUUUGAAUUUUUAGAGGGACUUUAAGGUGUCCAAAAGUAGUCGAGGGAUGAUUCAUUUGAGAGAUCGCUUGUAAAUCGAUAUUAAAGUGGCAAAGAGUUUUCUUGUAACGCUUGAACGGAUUUUAGUUACGGAAAUGAGACUAUUUGUGUUGGAAUCGGACCGAAAUCGAUCGUAAUGGAUUUAUCUCCCGACGAGGAUAAUUUCCAAGGAAGGCUGCUGCACCAGGCGGCGCUGUGGGACAACGAGCAGCUGCUGCGGGAACUGCUCGCGUCGGGCGCAGCGGUGGAUGCGCGCGACGCUAGCGGGCGUACAGCGCUGCAUGCCGCUGCGUUGGCUGAACGCAGCGCCUGCCUCACCGCGCUGCUCGAUGCUGGCGCGGAUGUGAACGCCACCAGUGACGCUGCAACCGGCGGCGAGACGGCGUUGCACGUAGCGGCGGCGCGCGGGCACGCGGAGAACGUGCGCGCGCUGCUGUCUGCGGGCGCGCGACCCGAGCUGACGGACGCGGCGGGAGACACCGCACUGGCGUUGGCCGAGCGCGGCUGCCACAGGCACGCUGCUAAUGAACUUAGAGAGGCUAGAGAUGCUAUAGAGAGGGAACGCGUGUCUCAGCACUUGGCACUGCGUGAGCUGGUGUCGCGCGGCGAUGCGGCUGCGCUGCGGGCGCGGCUGGCUGCGCUAGGGCCCGCUGCGCCCGUGCUCGCCAACCUCACCCCGGCCGGCGCUAACACCCUGCUAUAUGUUGCUUGUGAGAGUGGUUCCGCGGCGUCCGCUGCGGCGCUGGUGUCUGCGGGCGCGGACGGGCGCGCUCACCCCGUCACAAGAUACGGCCCGCUCUACAUCGCCUGCUACCACGGACACAAGGACAUCGCAACCCUCCUGCUCACACACUUCCCGGAGGCCGUACAACAAGAGACGGUGGAGAAGUGGUUGCCGCUGCACGCUGCGUGUAUCGGCGGUCACGCUGCACUCGUCACGCUGCUGCUGGAGUACCCCUACCCUGACAGGCUGCUCAACACGUACACAGAUGCGUCAGGUCAGUGGCGGUAUCGGUUCGCGUUCGACGUGAACGCGCGAGACGCGAGCGGUCAGACCGCGCUGUACGUCGCCUGCACGCUCGGCAACGCCGCGGUGGUGGAGGCCCUGCUCGCCUUCACCCUGCCCAGGGAGAGGGUGCCCAGAGAACAGACUGAUGUAGGGGAGGAGGCGAGCGAGGCGGCGGUGAAGGGUGCGGUGGGUGCGGCGGGGGCGGCGGCGCCGAGCCCGCACCGCGCUGGCAUCUCACUCGGUAUACACGCUAUAGUCAGCAAGCUCACCGGCAACAGCAAACAGGGUACGUCGGAGGCGGAGUGCCGCGUGCGUGCGGUGCGGGUGGAGGUGCCGCGCGGCGCGGACAGCUGCGUGGCGGCGGCGGUGCGCGGCGGACAUCUGCGCGUGCUGCGCCUGCUGCUCGCCGCCGGCGCCUCGCCCGACAGCACCGCGCAGCCCCCGCACAAGGAGGAGAGCGAGACGCGAGACCGACGCCGGUCUCGGAGUGCGUCCGCCGCGUACAACCGCGCCUCCGCCUCGCCAUCCCCCGCUCGUCCUGGAUACGCAGACGAUCGUGAUAGCGAGGGAGUGUGGACUGCGCUGGCGCUUGCGGCGCUGCGUCGCUCCGUGCCCGCGCUGGAGAUGUUGCUGGCGGCGGGCGCCACGGACCCCGGCGGCCGCGCGCUGCCGCUCUGCGCACAGCACGGCCUCGCCGAGCCCCUCGCCGCACUGCUCGCCACUAAAGCGUACCCCGACCCCGACUACAAAUUGAACAAGUCGGUGAUGAGCGAGUCGGUGCUGAGUUCCCGCGACGCCGACUCCGCGCUCUCGUACAGCGCGCGCUGCCCCACCACGCCGGUCAUGCUCAACUGGCGCGACCUGCGCUGUCAGCUGCCCGCCAUCAAGAUGAGCUGGCUGCGCACUGCGGCGCUGCGGGUGAACCCCAAGCUGAGCGCGUCCUGCGGCGGCGCGCUGCUCGCCAUCACGCGGCUCGAGCUGGCCGGCAACGAGCUGCGCGAGCUGCCCAGAGAGAUCUUCUCACUUGUCAGCCUCAGGUACUUGAACGCAGCUCAGAACAAGCUGGAGCGGCUGCCGAGCAACGGCGACCCGCUGGAGGAGGAGCUGGAUAGGUCGCGGCGCGGCAAGCGACCCGCGCGAGCCGCAGGAGACGUCUACACCGCGCCCGUGCUGCAGGAGCUCUACCUGCAGGACAACCGUCUGGAGGAGGUGCCGGCCGCGCUGUUCUCUCUGCCGGCGCUGGCCAGCCUCGACGUGUCCAACAACAAGCUGCGCGCGCUGCCGCCGCAGAUGUGGGCGGCGCCGCGCCUGCGCGACCUCAACGCCGCGCUCAACCACCUGCGCGACCUGCCCGACUUGCGCGACCUGACCGCCGCCUGCAGACCACACGGUUCUUCUGCCACACCCGGUUCCCCCGCGGAGACGCCGCACUCCCCGCAGCUCAGCGCCUCCCCCUCCACGCACAGCGGCCAGUUCGCGCUCGGCAGCGCCUCCGCAUUGCAAUCUAAAUCAUCGUCGCGCAGUCCAUCUAUAGAGGGCGUUGAGGGCGUGGCGGAGGACGACGACGAGGCCGCGCUGCCCAUCGGCAACCGGGCGGGCAACGCCGUAUGGUCGGAGGCGCGGCGUGCGCACGCGUGGCGCGGCACGCUGCAGGCCUGUGGGGGCGGGGCGGGCGCAGGGGGCGGCUCCCCGCUCACUGCGCUCAAUCUGUCGCACAACCAGUUCACCAGCGUGCCGCCGCCGCUCGCCUGCCUCGCGCCGUCCCUCACCAGACUCAAUAUGGCCUACAACUCGCUUAGGUCGAUGUCGUACGUGACGUCAUAUCCGACCAGCCUGCGCCAGCUGGACCUCAGCCACAAUGAGAUCACCUGCUGGCCCAGUCUGCCCCAAGUGGAAAGCUUCGGUCUGUCAGACGGUGACCCCCUGGCGUGUUACUGCCCCAAUUCCUCGGGCAGCAGCAGCAGCAGCAGUGGGGGCGGGGGCGGGAGCGUGAGGCCGCGGCCGCGCUCCGGUGGGUCGGUGCGCUCCCAGCUGCUCAGCGCCGCCUGCCCCGCGCGAAGGCACCUAAGGCUCGAGGGUCUAAGGACUUUGAUCCUCGCCAACAACUUGCUGAGCCGCAUCCAACUGACGACGGACGACGACGGCCUGGCCACCGCCGUGCAGCAACACUCCAACGACGAAGACGACGAGUGGGGGUCUGGAUGCAGCGUGAAGGAGCGGCUGCUGUUCCCGCUGCUGUCGAUGCUGGACGUGUCGUGCAACUGCCUGCGCGCGGUGCCGCCAGCCAUACACGAGCUCACCAACCUCUCCGUGCUCAACAUCAGCGGCAACAAAGACAUAACAGAUCUGCCGCCGCAGAUGGGCCUGCUGACGCGGCUGUGGAGCCUGAACACAGCUGGAUGUGCGCUGGGGGAGCCGCUGCGGUCGCUGGUGCGGGGCGCGCGGUGCCGCAGUGUGGACGUGGUGGGCUACCUGCGCUCCGUGCUGCAGGAGGCCAAGCCAUACGCUCGCAUGAAGCUCAUGCUCGUCGGAGUACAAGGUAUUGGCAAGACGAGUCUGCUGGAGUGUUUACGACAGGAAUCCGCGAUGCAGCAUCGCAGGAAACCUACAGAUCACUGGGCGAAGCGGAUGGGCAACAAGUCGUCGCGGCGCGGCAACGUGUCUACAGUGGGCGUGGACAUCGGCAGCUGGGUGUACGAGAAGCACCGCUCCUCGCGAGGUCCUGUCACCUUCCGCACCUGGGACUUCGGUGGACAGCAGGAGUACUACGCGACGCACCAGUACUUCUUGUCGCGGCGGUCGCUCUACCUGGUGGUGUGGCGCUGCACUGACGGCCGGCAAGGUCUCGCAGGCGCCCUCGCGUGGCUCAGGUCUAUACAAGCGCGCGCCCCGGGCUCGCCCGUCAUCAUGGUGGCUACACACUACGACCAAGUCGGCAACAGCGGUCUGCCGGAGAGCGAGAGCCCCUCAGCGCUGCAGCGGCUGAUCAGGUCUGCGGUGAUGGCGGCGCCCGACGCGGACAAGCUGGGCCUGCCGCGACUGCUGGACUCUAUAGAGGUGUCGUGCAGCACGAGACACAACAUCCGCCUGCUGGCUGACAUCAUCUACUCUGUGGCAUUCAGUGUCAAGCCGCCAGGCAGCAAGGAGCCGCUGCUGCAGCAGCGCGUGCCGGCCACCUACCUGGCGCUGGAGGAGUGUGUCACGGCGCUGGCCGCCGAGCUGCGCGAGCCCGUGCUGCGACAUGACGACUACAAGCGCCUCGUGACGCAGUACAUGCAGCAGCGCAACCUGCGCAUGUUCCGUGACGCCGCCGAGUUGCACCAGGCCACCAUGUUCCUGCAUGAGAACGGCGUGUUGCUGCACUACGACGACGCGACGCUGAAGGAGCUGUACUUCGUGCGGCCGCAGUGGCUGUGCGACGUGCUGGCACACGUCGUCACAGUGCGGGAGGUCAACCCCUUCGCUAACAAUGGUAUAAUGAAGGUGGAGGACCUGGCGCACGUGUUCAAGGCGUCCCCGCUGCUGGCGCGCAGCGAGGAGGCGCGCGCGCUGGCGGUGUCGCUGCUGAACAAGUUCGAGCUGGCGCUGUGCUGGGACGCGCGCGUGCUGCUCGUGCCGCCGCUGCUGCCCGCGCAGGAGCCCCUCACUCCGCAGUUGGCGCUGCGCACGCGCACGUGGCCGGGCACGCCGCGACACGCGCGCUCCGCCGCCCUCGCCCUCCCCCUCGCCCCGCUACCCGCCGACUCGCCUACACUCAUACAGGAGCGCGGCGCGGGGCCGGGGGCGGGGGCGGGUGUGGGGGCGGGGCAGACGCAGGUGUGGGGGCGGAGGGGCGGGGCGGCGCUGCGGCGGCUGCUGCUGCUGUCGUACGUGCCGUGCGGCUUCUGGGCGCGGCUGUGUGCGCGCGUGCUGGCGGACGCCGCUCUCGCCGCCGCCGCACCGGACCUCUACCGCCCUCCCCCAGAGAUGGAGGUGGACGAUGCGGUGUCGCGGGCGCUGGAGCUGCCGUGGGGGUGGCGGCUGUGGCGCACGGGUAUGAAGCUGGUGUGCGGGGAGCUGACGCUGGUGGCGCUGCGCGAGCUUUCGCCGCGCUAUGACCCGCUGCUCGGCGCCAAGGGGGACGAGGAGGAGCACGACGAGCUAUACCACAAUAUCAGAUUCCGCGUGCGACAAGAGGGCACGUGGUGCGAGCUGGACGUGCAGUCGUCAGCGUGCGUGGAGCUGCUGCUGCCCGCGCAGGUGUGCGUGCUGCGUCGCCAGGACGGCCUGCCCCUCGGUGGAUACCAGAGCAUAAGUCUGGAGCCGAACCCCGAGGUGCUGGCCAAGGUGCUGGCGCUGGUCUCCGACCACGUAGAUUUGCUGCUCGAGGACUGGUAUCCCUCGCUCGGUACUCGUUUCGUGCACACGUCGGAGGGUCGCUGUCUGAUAACCCGCAUGGUGCCGUGUCCGGGCUGCGUGCGCGACGCGGCCUCGCCCCUCGCGCCCCUCGCCCCGCCCCUCGCAGGCCACGCUCCGCCCCUCGCCGGACACGACCCCUCCCCCCGACAUGAUGACCAACAAUUGGCUCAGAUGCUGGUGCGACUGGAGCUGGGUGAGGCGGAGCCCCGCCGGCUGAGGCUGUCCGAGGAAUCGCGCACCUCCGACGGCGACAGCGGCGUCGGCGCAGAGUCCAACGCAUCAUCUCGCAUCGGGUCCGUGGAGGGCGUGGCGAGCGCGUCCGGGCCGGCGGCCACCUGCUGGACGCUGGAGGAGUGCAUCCUGGCGGCGUGCAGCGGCCAGCGCCUGCACUGCGCGCACCACGCCGACGUAGACCUCAGGGACGUCGCCCCCGACACGCUGCUGCUGGACGUGGAGGAGGAGCGUCGUGCGCGCUGGGAGCACAUCCAGCGCGGGGCGGUGUGCGGGCGCGGGGCAUUCGGCACAGUGCUGGCGGCGCGCUGGCGCCCCCCCGCCCGCGCACCCAUAGCCGUCGCACUGAAGGCGCUGCAGCCGGUCCCGCCCACCGCACCGCACCACCUCAGCGCGCUGCAGGCAUACAAGGCGGCGGCGUCAAGGUGGGAGCGGUCCCCGCUGGCGGCGGCGUGUCGCGCGUACUGCGGGCUGCGGCAGGAGCUGAGCAUAGUGGCGCGGCUGAGACACCCGCACGUGCUGCCGCUGCUGGCGGUGUGCCCCGCACCGCUGGCGCUGCUGCUGGCGCUGGCGCCGCGGGGCGCGCUGGACGCGGCGCUGCGCGAGUACCGCGGCUGCGGGCGUCGCUUGCCGCCGCGCCUCGUGCGCGCCCUCGCGCUGCAGCUCGCCCGCGCACUCGAGUACCUGCACGCGAACCGCGUACUCUACAGGGACCUCAAGUCGGAGAACGUGCUGGUGUGGGAGUUGCCGCGGCCGGCGGAGGCGGAGGCGGCGGAGCGCGCGCCCGGACCGGUGCCCGUACACGUGAAGCUCGGCGACUACGGUAUCAGCAGGAUGGCGCCGCCGUCCGGCACCAAGGGCUUCGGGGGGACGGAGGGCUUCAUGGCACCGGAGAUCAUGCGCUACAAUGGCGAGGAGGAGUACAACGAGAAGGUGGACUGCUUCUCCUUCGGCAUGCUGCUGUACGAGGUGCUGACGCUGCGACAGCCCUUCGAGGGCCACGAGGCGGUCAAGGAGGCGGUGCUUGAUGGCGCGCGCCCCGCCCUCACGCCCAGAGACCUGCAGUACCCGUGCAGCAUGGUGGAGACGAUGCGGCGCUGCUGGAGCGGAGCGCCGGAGCUGCGGCCCUCCGCCGCCGCUCUGGUGGCAGUGGCGGCCGCGCCGGAGUUCCUCGCGCUCGCUGACGCCGCCCUCGCCCGCGCGCCCACUACCGGCGUCGCCGCUGCAAAGGUCCACCUCCCCACAGAGGAGGGCGGGCUGGGGUGGGAGGUGUGGUUCGGCGGGGCGGAGCCGGAGCGCGCGCACACGCUGCUCGCAAACUCCACCACCUUCUUGCACCAUCACUCGCUGCGAGUGCCGCCAGACAAGGAUGCGGCGGUGCUGGUGACGGCGAUGUGCCGCGUGGGCAGCACCAUGUGGCUGGGCGACUCCGUGGGCAGGGUGUCCGUCUACUCUAUAAGCAGUAUGGCGCUGCUGUGGAGCGUGCCGGUGCAGGAGGCGGUGGGCGGGGCGGUGUGCGGGGUGCGCGCGCUGCGCCCGCUGCCGGGGCUGGGCCGCGUGGCGCUGGCUGCCGCCGCGGGUCGACUGUUCCUGGUGAGCGCGCAUCGCCCGGAGGCCGACACAAGCUUCGUGCUCACCGAGCUCGGCACCGCCACCGAGCUCUGCUGCCUCGCCACCGUCACGCUGCCCACGGGCGUGGAGGUGUGGGCGGGCGGCGACGGUCUGAGCGCGUACCUGGUGUGCGGGGAGGGCGUGAGCGCGGCGGAGCAGCUGGCGGCGCCGGGCAAGGUGGCGCUGCUGGCCGCCGCCGGGGAGCACGUGCUGGCAGCCUGCAGGCCCGGCGUGUUCGUGUACCAGUACAGCGUGAGCAGCAAGCAGGUGACGGCGCGGCUGGACUGCAGCAAGCUGGCGCCCUGCUCCGAGAGCCUGCAGUCCAUCGCCAUCGACGAGCGCCUGGCAGAGGACCGCUGCAUGAUAACGGCGAUGUGCACGCUGCGCGGGGAGGUGUACGUGGGCACGGCGUGGGGCUGCAUCGUGGUGGCUGACGCCGCCUCGCUGCGCCCCCUCACAGUCUUCCGCCCCUACGAGGAGGAGGUGCUUGCAAUGAUCCCGCUGCCGGCGCACGAGCCGGAGGGCGGCGCCAUGCUGGCCACGCUCGGGGGUGGUUACCGCCUCCUGCUGCACAGAUACGCGCCCGCACAGUGUGGCAGCAGCGGCGGCGCUCACGCCGGCGUACACUGUCUGCUGUGGCGCGCUCAGCACUGGUUGCCGGACUAGACAUACAGACACACAUAAAAGGAGUGUUUUACACAUAUGAAUGUAGUCGGAAAUAUUCUCCAGAACUGGUUACUCUGCAUCAAGUCUGAUGCUGGAGUAAGUGCUGAUGUACAAAGAGAUCUCAUACGAUAUUAUUGUGUAAAUAGUGUGACAUUGUAAUUCGAAUCUUAUUAGAAAGUGAUAAAGUUGAAACUUGAAAUGUGUAAGGUGCGAUCUUAAGCCCAAAGGGCACUUGUUCUAUGUAGAAAUGAUUACAAAGUUUCAGUCAAUAUUCGGUUCCUUUAAAUACGCAGAUAGAAAACAAUAUAUUUGAUGUAAUGUGCCUCAGUUAAGAACUGCAGAAAUGUUGUUCAUUUAAUCCAUUAUAUUUAGAAAUGUUGUAAAGCAGUAAAUAUAAAGCCUCAAACAAGAAAUAUACACAAAGAAGUCUGCGACCUGUUGUUAAAGUUGAUUGCAAGUACUAAAUAUAAUUGAAAGUAACUUAAAAGUACAUAAAACUAACUUAACUCUAACAAACAUCAAACAACACAAAAUAACGUAAAGAAAUAACUGUUUAUUGUAAAUUUGGUUUAAAUUCAGUUGAAAUCGUGUUUUUGGUUUUAAUAAUUUAACUAAUAAAAAAUAUCUUAAGACUAAUGUGAAAAUAUUAACUUAAAAUUGGUUCGUAUUAAAAAAUAUAUAAAAUUGUGCCAAAUUUAACAUUUGGCAUAAAUAACGUAUAGAUGGCCUUAAAGAAAUUAUUAGAAAACUUGGCACACAAAGUGAUGGUCAUUUUUUUUUAUUUCUCUUGCAAUUUUAAACUAAAGGCAAAUUUUAUACUGAUCUUUAAGUUUACAAUGUCACGGGUCAAAUUAUAAAACGAACGAAUCAAUGAUGUGUAAUACAGUUCACAGCACGCAGUCAGUUUAUAAAAUGUCUAAUGUCAGUGACAUUUAUAAAUGAAUUAAUCUUGUAUUUUUGGUUGUGCUUUGGUUCGUGUUUUUUUUUAUCUUAUUCAUGUCUUGUGUUGUCUUAUUUUGUAUUUAAUGUUAUAUUUAAUGUUUCAGUAUUUAUUUUAGUUUCCUACUCGUUUAAGUCGUGACAAUUUAUGCUAUUAUUUUUGUAUGCAAUAUAAAUAAUUUUAUGUGCAAAAGAAGAACAUUAAAGACAUCUUAAAUAUCGUAAAAAUGUGCUCGAAUCGAUCAUCCUGUCUGCCGCCCAGCGCCC